UCCAGCCUGUGAAGCAAUCCUGCUGGUGAAGGGAGAGACUUCCAUGCGAGUCCCGGGCACGGGUGUGUCACGUGCUCUCUGGCGGGUCAGGCCAAGGUCUCGUGCCGCACCGUCACCGGAGCACUCCGCCGCCGAGCGGGAGAAAGGGACGGGCGGCGCGUCUGUCUCCCCGCGGUCCCGGAGGGACCCGUGCCCAAGACGUUGGCUCAGGCUGCCCGUCUUCAGCUUCUCUGCCCUGCAGUUUUGUGCUCGGGCCGUUUCUUGUUCUGUUCUGUUUUUGGACGUCUGCGCCCUGUUUCCUUCAGUGUAACACGCCUUACGUGCUCUCUCCGUGGGGACUUGGCCCGAAGGGACCUCAAGGAGCGCUUCCUGGUCUGAGCGCACGGGCAGAUUGGGAGAGGCCAGCUCACGUCACCCAGAGGAGCCUGAGGGCGCUGCGCAGAGGGAGCCCUUUCCUUUGAGGGACCCGGUAGCUGGAUUGCAAGUCGGCUUUGGAAGCAAAAGCGAGAGAAAAGUGCAUUUGCGCCCAGCCCGGCAGGAUCUGUUUUGUUUAUUUUCUGUGGCCGUGCACGAUCCUCCGUGAAGCACCCAGCUGGCCGCUUGACUGAGUCCCGCGCGGCUGUGUCUGAAUUACCCGGGGAGCUGCUUUGCGUCGGCAGAGUUAACUUUGCGGCGAGCAGUUAAAGGAAACGAGUCCUGGGCGGUGGCCCUGCUUUUGGACUGUCGCUGUGUUUGUCACUACACAUCGCCCUGGUCCCCUUGGCUUCUCCGGCCUUUGGGGCGGGGCUGCGGGGGGAGCGCUCCCCCCAAGCUGGUCUAGCCACCUGCAGGGGGCACACCGGCCAGUGGUGUGUGCUGGGGCCUGGCGGUCACCUGUGCGGAGUGGAGCUGGGUGACGUGGAGGCACUUGACCAGGGCCUCGGCGAGUCGUCUGCCGAUGAGCAGCAACAGCGCUAAGAGAGCACCCACGACAGCGACCCAGCGCCUGAAGCAGGACUACCUUCGGAUUAAGAAGGACCCCGUGCCUUACAUCUGUGCCGAGCCCCUCCCUUCCAACAUCCUUGAGUGGCACUAUGUGGUCCGAGGCCCUGAGAUGACUCCCUACGAAGGUGGCUAUUAUCAUGGAAAACUAAUUUUUCCCAGAGAAUUUCCUUUUAAACCUCCUAGUAUUUAUAUGAUAACUCCUAAUGGAAGAUUUAAGUGCAACACGAGGCUGUGUCUCUCCAUCACGGAUUUCCACCCAGACACGUGGAACCCGGCCUGGUCCGUCUCCACCAUCCUGACGGGGCUGCUGAGCUUCAUGGUGGAGAAGGGCCCCACCCUGGGCAGCAUUGAGACGUCGGACUUCACAAAAAGACAACUGGCUGCACAAAGCUUAGUGUUUAAUUUAAAAGACAAAGUGUUUUGUGAAUUGUUUCCGGAAGUCGUGGAGGAAAUUAAGCAGAAACAGAGAGCACAAGACGAACUCAGUAGCAGACCCCAGGCUCUCCCCUUACCAGACGUGGUUCCAGACGGGGAGACGCACCACGGCCAGCACGGGCUUCCGCUCCUCAACGGGCACGCGCCGGGGGCUGGGCCGCACCUCGCGGGGCUCCAGCAGGCCAACCGGCACCACGGACUCCUGGGCGGUGCCCUGGCGAACUUGUUUGUUAUAGUUGGGUUUGCGGCCUUCGCCUACACGGUCAAGUACGUGCUGAGAAGCAUAGCACAGGAGUGAGCCGCCGCCACGACCAGCAGAGGUGGUCGGAAACAAGGGACGCUGGGCCCGAGCUCGACGUGGGCUGGCUGGACGUGCCGCCGAGCACUGGGCGGGCCUGCCUGACUCCUGGGGUUAGCUUUUUAAAAACCUUCAAAAAGAAAACAAAAACCAAAGUGUGUAGUUGGAUUUGGAGGAGACGCGAGACUCCCAGCCCCCAUUCUGCCCUGGCGUCCGUCGGGGGCUGUGAGGCUGCAUGUCCACGAGAGGGCCUCACGCUUUGGUUUUAUAGCUUAUCUCCUGUAUUGUCUUUUGGACCUAUUUUAGUAACCUGUUUUUCAUUUUAUUAGAUUUGGUCACUUAAAAAUAUAAAACUCGAUGCCUAUCCAA